AUGAUCACCAAGGACGAAUCAGUGGAGCUGACUAAACUGUCCUUGCUGAGAGUGAAGCCAUGCCUCGACCCAAGGAAUGCCACGGAGACUACAAGAAGGAAGAUCCAGCUCAUCCAGAAGCGACAGUACGUGGGAGUCCAGGUCUACACUUGCCUCGUCGUGGUGCAGCAGUUCAUCCAGUACUGCGGAAUGCACUCCCAUACCAGCAGCGUCGCAGGAGGCCUAGGAAAGUACGUCCACUACGUCUCUGCCGAGACGUGUCUCAAGGCUCAUCAGUUCCGGCACUUGGAUCUUCGAGGAAUAGGCGGCGGCAUCAUCAGCAAGAUCAACCUCAACGGGACCACGGAAGUAUCAACAACCCUCCAAGGACACCUCGACAUAAGCGGAAAAUGCGAAGGUAUCAAAUUCACCGUCGGAGAUAUCUCGUACGAAAACGUCGUCGUGUCGGCCGCGAUAACAAUCAAGAUGUCCGAUUAUUUCACUACCGCGGAUGUCGAACGUAAUGUCGUGAAUCUUCGUUCGGGAACCAUAUGUUCUUAUAAUGAUGGAUCCUGUUUCGAUGACUUCUCCGGAGAGGCGAUAUGGAGAGCAAAAAUCGCUGAUCAGUGCACAAACAGUGGAGUUGAUGUGCUUUAUGAAGGAAAUGCAACAUUGCUCACACUUAGCAAGGAUCCACCAACAUUUUACCCACUGUUGCCUCCUAGUUUCAGAAUCGAGGGUAAAUGGGUAGAAUUGACACCUGCAUUGAGAAAAGCCGAUCCAGCUAUCGAACUGGAUGCUAACACCGAGGACGAAAUCGUGAAGUUGGCCAGGAUAUCACCUAUCACGUCGGAUGGUAUCUAUACCCGGGAAGAUAUGGAAAAGUUUCAACGCACGCUCAUGUUCCCGAACGAAAGAAAAGCCGUCACGAACGAAGUCGCGCGUCGCGUAACAGGAAGAGGUGAGUAUAAGAUGGCAGUUCCGCUACAUGAAGAGCAUCAAGUCAUGAUAAGUCUCUUCGACUAG